AUGAGAUACGGGGCUGAAUUUGUCGCCGUUGUGGUUGUGGUCGUUUUGCUUCGGCUCGGCUCCUCAGAGGAUCCCUUCUGCUCCAUCACUGAGAUUGCAGUAGGUUCAAUUAAAGAUCGUAUCAUCUCUGACACCACAAACCGUCUGUACAUCAUCGACGCCACCGAGCUCAACUGUUAUGGCAGGAUCAAAGGAUGGGUCUUCUACAGCACACUCAGCCAACCCUUCAAGCCGGGCGUCUGGCGCAAGACCACGGGCAACUACUACAAGCUGGUCGGGGAGAACACCAUGUCGGCUACCUCGAGCGGGUACACAUCCGUGGAGGUGCCGGCUGCCGAUCGGAUCUCCUUCCAGCCAGGUGACAUGCUCGGUUUCAGGCACUCAAGUCCGGCGAUGCAUUAUGAUCUGAGUUUGGAGUCCACGACGCUGCGUUAUGUCGGAAUAUCUGAUUACUCGACGGAGAUUGCAGUCGGUUCCGUGUACACUGUCAGUACCACUACUGAGAGGGCUUACUCCAUCAAAGCUUACUUCGAAGAUGAAGAUUACACCGUGGACUGUGCCGAAGAGACCCACGGACCUCCACCCGAAAGCCGCUCAAGUAAUGACGGUGAUAACUACAUCAUGAUCAUGCACAGCCAGCCUUUCACAUGCUAUGGCCAGGUGAAAGGAUGGAGUUUCUACGCGGCCACAAACGGCGGCUUUAAGGCGGGAGUGUACCGAGCCAACAAUGACGCCGAGACAACCUUCCUCCUGACGGGAGAGAUCGAAAUCCCAGGUAGUGUGUACGACAGUAACCAGGCCAACACGCACCUCGUUGAGAACGAGGAGGAGUGGCUGUAUUUUGAACCUGGUGACGUCAUUGGAUGGAGAUGGAAGAGUGGUGGAUCCCGUAUCCGAUGGGAUACAGGGGCAGCUGAGUCCAUGGAUAUGCGCUACACAGGUCACACUGAUGCCUACUAUGUUGAUUAUGGAGUGGGUGAUACCUUUUCUGUUGGCAGCAGUUUGGGCAGAGCGUAUUCGCUACAGGCUGUCAUCUCUCCAAUGGGAUACAAGGGUUGCUUCCAUGAGAAUUACGCCAGCCGUGAGUUCACCGUUCCGAUGGGUCAGUUCAGCUUGAUGGAGAUGACCCCUGAAUUAUGCAUUUCUCGCUGUGCCAAAAGAUCUUAUACAUAUGCUGCUCUUCAGCAAGGGGACUUAUGUUUCUGCAGCCAGAGCUACGGUCAAAACGGCAUUGGCAACUCUACACUCUGUACCGAUCCAUGCCCGGGCAAACCAAUGUAUACAUGCGGUGGUGUAUUGACCAAUAAAGUCUACUCAACACCUCUUGUUCUUGUCGGCUUCACUCUGGAGGAACUUCCAGAUUUGGAGUUGUGUUACGAGCCAGUUGAUAUGGCUGGUAACAUCACCAGAGGGACCGGUGUGACUUAUGACUUUUACUACGGGGAUGGAUUCUCAGACAUUGCAGUAGCAGAAGCGGCAGUAUCUCAUCACUACAACAAACCUGGAACAUACUCCAUCUCGGCAUCUGCCACCGAUCUUUGGUUGAACAAGGAGACCCAGACGAUCAGCGUUACUGUUGAAACCAACAUGACGGACGUGAUGGUAGACUGCCCUCUUGCUGUUGAGUAUCUCAGUAGAUUCGGAUGUGAUUUCUACGUCUACCAGGGAACCAACUUGAGUGCCACAGUUGACUUUCAGGACGGCCGAGUCGUCACUUUUGAUGUUGAAGAUGCGGAGACACUGUUCUAUGGGCAGAUGCUUGACCAAGAUGAGACAAUCAAUAACCAGCCAAACAGCUAUGUCUUCCUGAUGAUUAAUUCCGUUAUUGAACAUGAUGGCCGCCUGGUAGCGUGGGAGAUGAAUGCAAUCACCACUGGCACAAUAGCACUGCAGGUUUAUCGUCCCCGUUGCACUAACAAUGAGGUGUACUGCCAUAGGACAGCAGCCUGCCACCGACCAAGUGUCGACUGCCAACAGGAGGCGAGCAUCUGGAGCAAGACAUGCGCCGAUACUGGCCACUAUAGUUUCAACCGCCGUGACUGCGUCAAGAGCGCAGACGGAUCCUUACAGGGCCGCUACCGCUUAAGCUCCUUACCACUUGACUACGACUUUGUGAGUGAGGUAUCCUACAGCAUCAGUGCGGUUGGUCGCAAUUUUCUGUCCCUCCAGCGCUCGGAGCACGUUGAGGUGAAGCAGGGUGACAUCAUCGGGUGGUACAACUCCAAUGGCGGUAAGCUGGCCUACCAGACGGCAGACGCUGCGCUCGACGGGCCGGAGUUCCGUCCAACCCAGUCCAACUACAACAGCCGACUGUCGGGAGGGUACAUUGCCUAUGCGUCCGGGGCAUCGGUGCACAAUUAUAAGCAUGCCCUCAAGGCCCACGUGGUGCGGCCUUCACACCUGCAUGUGUUUCAUAACUACACUUGGGAGGCGAGUCGGAGAAACAUCUCGGUGAAUGCAAGUAACAACCUGGCGUCCGGGAUAUGGGACAUGCAACAUGAGAUCAAGGUCAUGGAAGUUGUGUCACAACUUACGUUUAAUGCACCGUAUUUGGCCGUGGUAACCGAGCAGCAAAGGCUCACCAUCAACGCACAUCUUGGGACAGAGGUUACAUACCACUGGUUCUUUGGCAACGGGGACGAGUACGUCUCGCAGGACAACUAUUCCAACUAUACGUGGAUGGAUGAUGGAGUUUAUAACAUUACUCUGAGGGCUUAUAAUGACAUCAGCCAAGAUAUAUAUGAGCAUUAUGUGGUCCUGCAACAUAAGGUCCAAGGUUUUGACUGGAAGGAUUCUGAACCUAAAUCCACAUGGACAGAUUAUCCCAUUACUCCAAAGAUCUUUGGUUCCGAGACAGUAAUCAAUUUUGGCAUGGAUCUAGGAACAAAUGUCACCUACGAAAUUGAAAUAGGGGACGGAAUUGUACCUACGCUCAUUUUGUUCCACGAUGAGGAACUAGAUGUACCGAUGCUACUCUUCGAACCCCCCGAGCCAACAACCGCAGCGGCACCAGUCUAUGAAUUGAACUGUACGUUCGUUAUGGACAACGUGACCGUGGACGAUGCCCAAAUGGACGACGAUAACAACAGCUCUCUCUCCAGCAAUGGUACAUUUGGCAAUGGCACCUUUGGUAACGAGACAAUGAUGGGUAACGAGACAUCUUCUUCCCUUAACGGGACCGGCGGUUCGGUUGGUGGCCGGUGGGUAUGCGUGAAUGUGACGGUCAAUGUGGCUAGUGGUGUGGAGGGACCUACGAGGGAACCGCCUAGGGAUUUGACAGAUCGCCUGAGUGUCUUACACAACGGUUUGACUGGGAGUGUGUAUACUGUUUAUGAAAGUAUAGGCUACUAUCCCGUGACUGUCAAUGCUUCCAACAGAGUCAGCUGGGCAAUGAUAACUUCCACAGCCGUGGUUCAGAUUGAGAUUACAAACUUCCACAUCGUCGAUCCGCCUCCGCUGAAGUUCGGUGAAACGCAGAUCGUCGGAGUAGGUUUUGACACCGGCACCAACUUGUCCUUUACGGGUAGUUUCGCGGGAAACACUCUGGACUUGACCAACAAGUCGCUGUACCACAUGGAUGAUGUCAUCGGAGAGGGCUACAUCGUCAUUGGAACAGACAUGUACGACGACCGUGGUUUCUACACGUUGGAGUUGACUACUUGGAACUUGGUGAGCGGCCCAAUCACGGAUUCCGUCGAGGUGCAAGUAGAGUUCGCAAUCAAGGACUUCAAGAUGGAAGUGUCCGAGAUGUAUAUCAUCCCAUUCACCACAAUUUCCAUCCGAUUCGACAUGCAGAUCGGCUCCGAUCUGACUAUAGUCAUGGACGCUGAUGACGGCUGGUCCAAGGUAUUCAUCGACGAAGAGAUGCACAGAUCGCAGAACGACUUCUACCUGGAGUGGCACCAGUUCGGAGUGGCGCGAGACUAUAAUAUCACCAUCCACGCAAUCAGCGCUGUGAGUGAUGAGCUGAUCUGGAUCGAGAUCAAGGUGCAGAAUCCAGUGGAGUUUGUCGUCAUGACUGUAUUCACACCGGGCUCCAUCCCGUACAUGGAGGUGGGUACUAUCCGUUACGAAUAUGCGUAUAACGGAGACCAGGCCAUGCCGCCAACCGACGCUACCGCUGAGUACUUCCUGGCCCAUGGAAUCGAACCGGUUGAGGACUUCCCCAUAGCUGAAACUAACCCGGUUGUUCAUAACCUAAGUCUUGCUGACUACGGACCCUACUCGACGUUUGUCAACAUCUCCAACCUGGUGAGCUGGAUGAAUUUCACCAAGGAGAUUGAAAUGGAGAGGCCGAUUCUGGGGCUAGUUGUGACCUGUAAAAAUCCUCAUUUGAGAGUCGGCCAGAAGGCUGUCCUGACGGCGACCAUUGACUGGGGCUCUCGAGUCAAAUGGACCUGGGACUUCAAAGACGGGGAUGUAGUCGGUCUCGGAACGAAAGGGGCACGGACACGCAGGCACAAAUACAAUGAUGAGGGCAGGUAUUAUGUGGAAUUGGUGGCCUACAAUUUACUCGGAGAAGUUCUGUACACUCUGCCAGACCCAGUUAUAGUGGAGUAUCCCGUGGAGGGCAUGGAGUGGGUCGGCAGAAGGCUGACGCGUCUUUACGUUGCGCAGAUCUACGCCCCCGUUACCUUCCACCUUCUGUUGGUCAACGACGUUAAAUUUCCAACGGAUGCUGAUUAUGAGAUUGACUUUGGCGACGGUGAGUUCAUCGGGGCUCGCGACCUGACCAUGGACAAGGCGGACAGCUCCAAAAACACUGACUUUCAGCUUCAUGUCCUGAGCGAGACCCACUACUAUGAUACGUGGGGAAACUACAACGUCACCAUCCACAUGUGGAAUUACGUCACCGACGUGACGCUCGUCUACAACAUCUGGAUCUAUGAGACAAUCACCCAGCUGGAGAAGGAGAUCAACUACAACGAGUUGAUCAUGGACGGGGACUACUCCCCCGGCAAUGAGACGCUUGACUUGGAAGGAUUCGACGUCGGCAAAAACUACUUCAAACUCGAAGAGGCGAUUGUUGCGAAGGCGACAAUGGCAUCUGGUACAGGGUUAACAUACACCUGGGACUUUGGGGAUAUUUACUUUGAACCGCCAGCGACCGCCACACCUGGACCCUCGACUAUGGGGACUACGGAAGCAACUACUGUAGCGCCUACCACUACUCUGGCACCAACCACCCCGCCUGAACCUUGCACGUAUCUCUACAGCGAGUGGGCCAGCCUCAUUGUUGAUCAGCUCACCUCAGAAGAUGACGAAAAAAUAGCACUGAUGGAGGCGUCUUUAAUACCCAAUUGUUCCUAUGUGGAGGUGGUACAGAAUGUUACCCUAAAUGGAACCGAUGGGAUGUGGGUUAACUCCACCGAUGGAAACUCCACUGAUUUGUACUGUGUUGAGGUAAACGGCACAAACUCAAACCUCACCAACUCUACUGGUUACAGUCACACAAUCGAUGGCAACGGCACCACCAUCUACUGUUUUAAUAGUAGUGAUAUUAAUAAUACAGCAUCACCAGUAUUGGAACUUGUUUGUGAAGUAUCACCCAUUUAUCUUGUCACGCAGAGAGACUUGUGCGUCAAAUAUGACAAUUUUCAAGGGGAGGACGACUUUCUCUACAAUUUGACCCUAAUGGCUACCUUGAAUUACACAAGAUCUUUUAAUUUCUCCGAUGUGUACAAUUUCAACACCACCAACAAUUUCACCAAUGCGAGUUACAGCAACUGGCUGGAUGAUGUUGACUCGCCUGAGCUGAAUAUUACACUUGUAGAUUUAGUUGAUGCACUUAAGGAAAGGUACUGCUUGAAGGCUGACAUUCUGACCGGAAUCGCAGACCUCGUCAUCCGCAAUAACUUCACCACAAUCCCACCUGUUUGUGCACCUCCGACCCCGGCGCCCACUACAACCUUGCCGCCACCAACCACUACACCACCAACUGAGCCUCCGGCCACUUACGCUCCAUGGGUAGUCCAGACGACGGAACCAAGAGCGAUCUGGUGGUAUACGAAGCGAGGGAUAUACACCGUCACCCUCAAUGUCUCCAACCCCGUCCACUGGGUCGUGGUGACCAAAACCAUCGUGAUACAGAGAGGCAUCUUCGACUUGGAGCUCUCCGACCACGGACCGCGCUCGAAAAACACCACCAUAGAGUUUGAGCUUGACACAGGAAAUGUGGGAACAGACGUCUGCUACUUUGUUGACUUUCGCGACCAGCAGUCUGAAAUUAACCCCCUCGCCUUCUGGGGACACCGCAAAACAUGCGAGGAGAGAUACCCUGACGAGUUUGCAGACCCCUUUCUGCGCUUCACGGAGGUCAGUAACGCUUACCUAGAGGGUCUACUCUUGGCCGGGAGAAGUCCAAAUAUCACCCUCACCAAUGUCUUUCUGUCGGUUAAUCAGUUCAGGAUCGUCGUCCGGGCACACAACAGGGUCUCCGAACAGAAUAUUUUCAUGCCGACUGCAGUCACGAAAGGACCCUGCUUCUAUCCAGAGGUAAGAGUGAAGGACAAUAACAACUGUGAUCAGUAUUACCCUUUCUGUGACGAGGACGGGAAUCGUGAGUACUACGCCUCGAAGGAUGUUUACGUCUACUCGUAUGUCAAGAUCAACUGUACGUCAACGCCAUACACGAUGUAUACAUGGAGGUCAUAUGAGAUCGACGACCAGGGUCAGGAGACGGAAUUCUUUGAGUUGGGCGAAACAGAAAUGGCCGGUUUCACUCGCCGGGAGCUGGCCGUCAAGCAGUUCGUUCUUCCGUACGGCGUCUACCGCUUUGAGCUAAACGUCUCCAUGUGGGGAGAGCGUGGUGUGGAGUCCCUAGACUCAACCACGAUCCGCGUUGUGCCUACUCCUCUCAUCGCCAAGAUUGCCGGCGGAUCGGAGCGUAUCAUCCGCUGGAACGAUAGAGCAGACAUUGACGGAUUCACGGAUACGUACGAUCCGGAUGUUGACCCUUCAGAUCGAUCUGGAAUCCGCUUUGUGUGGCUGUGCCGCAGGGAGCAUGAGACGUUUCAGGAAUGGAAUUGGGACUAUACGGAGAUGCUACAAGAAGGAGGAGUGAAUGCGUCUUUCAUCCAUGAGAAAGGAGACGUAGGAGGAUGCUUCGGCCGGUAUGGAUACGACAUGGCUGGAUUUGGAGGCAAGUUGAAUGAAACAGCCAGCCAGAUGGAGAUAGAUACAUACUACAUGCAUGAAGAGAUGGUCUAUGAAUUAAAACUGGUUGUAUUCAAGGAUACCAGGCGAGCCGAGUUCACACAGAUCCUCUAUGUGGCCACCGGUUCCCCACCUCGUAUGGAGAUAAGCUGUAAGACCAACUGUAAAUCUAAGCUCAAUCCAACCAGUCGCUUUGCUCUGGAGUCGACCAAUCUGGACUGGAGACGUGGGAUGAUCCUGUACUAUAGGUGGGAGAUCUACAGCAUCAUCAUAGAGGGGUUUAAGACCACCAUACAGCUAAUCGACACCAAUGACUGGCUGUCUUUCUCUGGGACUGGCAAUGAUAAGGCCAACUUGGCAAUCGAUGCAGGCUUCUUCGCUGAUGAGGAACGAUAUAGGAUCCGUAUCUACUGUGAUCGGUCUCCGGACUUCACUAACUUCGGUAUGGCCUCCCAGGAUAUCCUUGCUAAUGAGCGUCCCAUCGUUGGUAACUGCACCAUGCUACCAGAGAACGGGACAGCGCUGGAGACAGAGUUCAACAUUUUCUGUGAGGAUUGGGCAGACCCCGAUCUCCCCCUCAACUUCAGGUUCGCUCAGCGGUUACUGGAGACUGAUUCUUGGACAUGGAUGUAUAGCGAAGAUGACGACAAAAUAGCACUGAUGGAGGCGUCUUUAAUACCCAAUUGUUCCUAUGUGGAGGUGGUACAGAAUGUUACCCUAAAUGGAACCGAUGGGAUGUGGGUUAACUCCACCGAUGGAAACUCCACUGAUUUGUACUGUGUUGAGGUAAACGGCACAAACUCAAACCUCACCAACUCUACUGGUUACAGUCACACAAUCGAUGGCAACGGCACCACCAUCUACUGUUUUAAUAGUAGUGAUAUUAAUGAUACAGCAUCACCAGUAUUGGAACUUGUUUGUGAAGUAUCACCCAUUUAUCUUGUCACGCAGAGAGACUUGUGCGUCAAAUAUGACAAUUUUCAAGGGGAGGACGACUUUCUCUACAAUUUGACCCUAAUGGCUACCUUGAAUUACACAAGAUCUUUUAAUUUCUCCGAUGUGUACAAUUUCAACACCACCAACAAUUUCACCAAUGCGAGUUACAGCAACUGGCUGGAUGAUGUUGACUCGCCUGAGCUGAAUAUUACACUUGUAGAUUUAGUUGAUGCACUUAAGGAAAGGUACUGCUUGAAGGCUGACAUUCUGACCGGAAUCGCAGACCUCGUCAUCCGCAAUAACUUCACCACAAUCCCACCUGUUUGUGCACCUCCGACCCCGGCGCCCACUACAACCUUGCCGCCACCAACCACUACACCACCAACUGAGCCUCCGGCCACUUACGCUCCAUGGGUAGUCCAGACGACGGAACCAAGAGCGAUCUGGUGGUAUACGAAGCGAGGGAUAUACACCGUCACCCUCAAUGUCUCCAACCCCGUCCACUGGGUCGUGGUGACCAAAACCAUCGUGAUACAGAGAGGCAUCUUCGACUUGGAGCUCUCCGACCACGGACCGCGCUCGAAAAACACCACCAUAGAGUUUGAGCUUGACACAGGAAAUGUGGGAACAGACGUCUGCUACUUUGUUGACUUUCGCGACCAGCAGUCUGAAAUUAACCCCCUCGCCUUCUGGGGACACCGCAAAACAUGCGAGGAGAGAUACCCUGACGAGUUUGCAGACCCCUUUCUGCGCUUCACGGAGGUCAGUAACGCUUACCUAGAGGGUCUACUCUUGGCCGGGAGAAGUCCAAAUAUCACCCUCACCAAUGUCUUUCUGUCGGUUAAUCAGUUCAGGAUCGUCGUCCGGGCACACAACAGGGUCUCCGAACAGAAUAUUUUCAUGCCGACUGCAGUCACGAAAGGACCCUGCUUCUAUCCAGAGGUAAGAGUGAAGGACAAUAACAACUGUGAUCAGUAUUACCCUUUCUGUGACGAGGACGGGAAUCGUGAGUACUACGCCUCGAAGGAUGUUUACGUCUACUCGUAUGUCAAGAUCAACUGUACGUCAACGCCAUACACGAUGUAUACAUGGAGGUCAUAUGAGAUCGACGACCAGGGUCAGGAGACGGAAUUCUUUGAGUUGGGCGAAACAGAGAUGGCCGGUUUCACUCGCCGGGAGCUGGCCGUCAAGCAGUUCGUUCUUCCGUACGGCGUCUACCGCUUUGAGCUAAACGUCUCCAUGUGGGGAGAGCGUGGUGUGGAGUCCCUAGACUCAACCACGAUCCGCGUUGUGCCUACUCCUCUCAUCGCCAAGAUUGCCGGCGGAUCGGAGCGUAUCAUCCGCUGGAACGAUAGAGCAGACAUUGACGGAUUCACGGAUACGUACGAUCCGGAUGUUGACCCUUCAGAUCGAUCUGGAAUCCGCUUUGUGUGGCUGUGCCGCAGGGAGCAUGAGACGUUUCAGGAAUGGAAUUGGGACUAUACGGAGAUGCUACAAGAAGGAGGAGUGAAUGCGUCUUUCAUCCAUGAGAAAGGAGACGUAGGAGGAUGCUUCGGCCGGUAUGGAUACGACAUGGCUGGAUUUGGAGGCAAGUUGAAUGAAACAGCCAGCCAGAUGGAGAUAGAUACAUACUACAUGCAUGAAGAGAUGGUCUAUGAAUUAAAACUGGUUGUAUUCAAGGAUACCAGGCGAGCCGAGUUCACACAGAUCCUCUAUGUGGCCACCGGUUCCCCACCUCGUAUGGAGAUAAGCUGUAAGACCAACUGUAAAUCUAAGCUCAAUCCAACCAGUCGCUUUGCUCUGGAGUCGACCAAUCUGGACUGGAGACGUGGGAUGAUCCUGUACUAUAGGUGGGAGAUCUACAGCAUCAUCAUAGAGGGGUUUAAGACCACCAUACAGCUAAUCGACACCAAUGACUGGCUGUCUUUCUCUGGGACUGGCAAUGAUAAGGCCAACUUGGCAAUCGAUGCAGGCUUCUUCGCUGAUGAGGAACGAUAUAGGAUCCGUAUCUACUGUGAUCGGUCUCCGGACUUCACUAACUUCGGUAUGGCCUCCCAGGAUAUCCUUGCUAAUGAGCGUCCCAUCGUUGGUAACUGCACCAUGCUACCAGAGAACGGGACAGCGCUGGAGACAGAGUUCAACAUUUUCUGUGAGGAUUGGGCAGACCCCGAUCUCCCCCUCAACUUUAGGUUCGCUCAGCGGUUACUGGAGACUGAUUCUUGGACAUGGAUGUAUAGCGGUGAGAAGCCCUACAUGGCUCAGCCGUCUAUCUUCCCACAGGGCUAUGAGGCUGAAGAUUACACAGUCUUUAUCUUAGUUCGAGUCGAUGACUUUAUUGGGUCUUACUCUGAUCUGGAACUUAGAGUGCGGGUGGUAGCUCCAUCACUCAGUGGCGCCGACAUGACAGAGAAGCUGAAGAACCUUACAUCAGGCGAGGGCAGUAUCAUGUCGGAAAUGAUCUCCUCUGGAGAUGCAGGCGGGGCAGCUAACAUUGUCGCCGCCUGUGCAGGCAUGUUGAAUAUAGCCUCAUCAAACGCUGCGGCCAGUACGGCGACGACUAUCGCUGCCACUACAGCCGCUACUGUUGAGAAUGUGCGAAGGAGGAAGCGGAAUGCAGGGGAGAGCGAUGAGCUGACAGAAGAUGAGCUCCUAGCAGCUAGGCUUGAAGCAGAGAGAAUCGCUGCUGAGCAGGCUGAGGCUGACAGGCUGGAGAGAGAAGGGAUGCGUGAGAGUAUGAUUGGUGCCCUGUCUCUCUCCUCACCUAACAAUGUGGGUUCCAUGAAACAGCUGGCAUCAGCCUUCGUACAGGCAUCAGGCUCUGCUUCAGAAAUCUCAACCAGUUCGGCGGAGAAUUCCAUGGCUACUGGAUUGAAGUUCAUGGAUCUACUACAAGAGAAGGCUGGUGAGGCUGGGGCUGAUGAGGUAGAGGACAGCGGUAAAGGAAUCCUUACUAUGAUGGGCAAUGCGGGCAGUGGUGUCCAGAACAAAGCCAGCAAGUCCAAAGCAGCGGCAGCAUCAGCAGCAGCAGCGAGAGCAGCCACCAUGGUGACUACGCCACUACCCAGGGUAGCUAGAGACGUCAGCAGUGUGGGGUCUUCAUACGUUGAUCACGAGGCUCUGGAGGCCCAAGCAGAUGCUGAGGUCGCAGCCAUGAACGAAUUGAGUAAAUCCAUGAGUGACAGUACCAAUGCCAUGUCUGGUAACCUGAUGAACACAGUGAAUAGUGGAAUGGUGACUGGCCAGGCACCCAUCCUUAUGCCCUCUGCAGGGUUGAACUUAACCGUUGAUAAAUCCUUCACUGAGAACCUCGAUCACCGAACCUUCGGUACAGCUGGUGGCUCAUCAUUUGUUCUUCCGUCUGUUACAUCCCUGUUUGGGAGCGGCAAUGCGACAACGCUCUUUGUAGAUGCACAGGUAACCAUGGAGAAAGAAAACAGUAAAACCUGGUCUAACGGUUCCGGGAGCGUCGCCGGCUCCACGGCGAAAUUGACCUUCCGCAACGAGACGGGCGGGGCAAUAGACAUCAGUGAGCUGGAGGAACCCAUCGAGGUGUGGACGGAGAGGACAGACGACCAGAUGGACACGUCUAGCAUUGAGACUAUCUAUGAAGUGACCACACCCUUGGCGGAGAACGCAGUUGUUCAUGAAAUCAUGAACGCCCCAUACACCAGUAUGCACAUCACAGUCAAUGUCAUGCCCAAUAACUUCACGGAUGUGGACAAUGUGACCCUGUUUCUGUACCUACGGGUGGGACAGGCCCCGACCAUUGACCUGUAUGACUUCAACUGCACAUUACCCAAGAGAUACGAUGGCUAUGAGUACAUCAACGUAUCCAUGGAUACUCUACCAGAUCCAAACACCUGCUUCUUCAGUAAUAAGCUUCUAGACAGCUAUGGCAAUGGGAGUACCGUACCAGUCUACCUGAUCAUCAAGCACACAGGUGGAGAUAAUGCCUCGUACUCAGAAUACCUGGACACUGCAGAGUAUAGCAACUUCUGGCAGAUCACCUACGCCUUGCGCCCAUGGAGUGCCAAAUGCUCCUACUAUAAUGAAGAAAUUGAAGACUGGGCUACUGAUGGAUGCGAGGUUGGGCCGUUGACCACCCUGUACAAGACGCAGUGCUUCACCACUCACCUGACGGCGUUUGGCGGGGGCUUUGAGGUCCCGAUCAACGGUAUCGAUCUGUCGGACUCGGCCUUUGGCAAGCUGGAUGAGAACCCAGUGGUGUUUGCCUUCAUGACGUGUUGUCUGUGUAUUUAUCUGACUGUCAUGCUAUGGGCCAAUAAGGCCGACCAGCGAGACAAGGUUAAGGCCGGUGCUACUCCAUUAGCGGACAACGACCCUAGAGAUCACUACAUGUAUGAAAUCACUGUCUUUACAGGAAUGCGCGCUGGUUCAAAUACCUCAGCCAAGGUGUCCUUGAUCCUGACUGGGGAUGCUGAGGAGUCCAGGCCCCGCCUCUUAGAUGACCCCAAGAGGAAGGUCUUCAAGGUUGGGGGUAUUGACACCUUCGUCCUGGCGGCGCCCCGCUCCCUGGGCAACCUUCAACAUGUUCGCAUCUGGCAUAACAACAAAGGGAAGCACGCUUCUUGGUACCUGAACCGUCUCUCUGUCAAGGAUCUGCAGACGGAUCGUAUGUACUACUUCAUGUUGGAUCGCUGGCUGGCUGUCGAAGAGGAUGACGGACAGAUUGAACGAGUAAUCCCAAUCGCUGGUAAGAGUGAGCUGACCAGUUUUGGAUUCCUCUUCUACUCCAAGACCCGGCGCAACCUGAGCGACGGCCACAUGUGGUUCUCCAUCUUUGCGCGACCAGCCCGUAGCAAUUUCACCCGCAUGCAGCGCUGUACCUGCUGCCUGUCCCUGCUCUUCUCUACUAUGAUGUCCAACAUCUUCUUCUACAACGUGGACGUCACCGGCGGCAACAACGGCCAGUCGUUCGUCCUGGGCCCUGUCAGCAUCUCCGUCGGGGAGAUUUGCGUCGGCGUCAUCAGCAGCAUGAUGGUCCUCCCGGCCAACCUCAUCAUCGUCCAGAUGUUCCGGCUGUCCAGGACGCCGCCGGAUAAGAUCAACUACUUUUCCUGGUUGAAAUUCUGGAAGUGGAAAGAGGUGAAGACGGACGACGGAAAGAAGGAGGAAGAUGAGAUCGAGCAAGACAAGAAGGAACGGAUGGAUGAGAAGGCCUCGUCAGAGCUUGAGAAGCAACUUGAUUUUCUGAACACCGGCGACGACAACAAGCGUCUUUUAAAAUCGGCUCGUAGCCGGGUGGUGAGGUUCCAAGAUGAAGUGGCGGAGGAGGAGAACCAAGAAGGCGAGGAAGGAGAGAAGAAAGAAAACGAUGAGCUGCAACUUGUAGCCGGCGUCAAGACCAAGAAGAAGAAGCCAAAGUUCAUGUUGCCCUGGGGAUGUCAGUUCAUCGGUUGGGCUGUUGCGUUCUGCACUGUGGGCGUGGCAUUCUGGUUGACCAUCGAGGUGGCCGGACAGUUUGGUGUUGAGAAGGCGACAGAGUGGCUGACUUCCAUGGCUUGCUCUCUAGUCCAGGAUAUCCUGUUCUCUCAGCCGAUCAAGGUUCUUUGCCUCGCCACAUUUUAUGCCUUGGUCAUCAAGCGGCCAGACAAGGAAGACGACCAGCCUUCCACGCCUCACCUCAAAUCAGACGAGGAGUACAUCCACGAGAGACUGACUGAGGAAGAAUUGAAAGACCCCGAGAAGUUGGCGCAGCUGGAACGGCAGAAACAGGAAUGCCCUAUCAAACCACCGGAUACUGAUGAGCUGGAAGAGGCACGAGAGACACGAUUCAAGGAGAUCAAGAUGGAUGCCAUAUUGAAGGAGAUCGGGCUGUAUAUGUUCUAUCUGUACAUCCUUCUACUCAUUGCGUAUGGUAACAAGGACCCCAGCAGUCAUGGCGUCUUUAACUCCAUGGAAAGCGUCUUUGUCAAUGCAGAUUACAACGGCAUCACCAGAUUUGAUUCGGUGUCUUCUCGUACAAAGUUUUGGAAGCAUGUAAAGGAAGUCUUUGUGCCGUCUCUGUACGCCGGGACACAUUACAACGGGGUCCUCGAUGAAACGUCAGCCCAGCAAAAGUUCAUUGCAGACCGUGCGCAUAAACUGCUUGGAGUUGCGAGGCUCAGACAAGUCCGAGUCUACACCAAUUCGUGCAAGAUUGAAGAGGAGAUGAGGAACACCAUUGAUCAUUGUAUAGAUGAGUAUUCCUCGGCUGAUGAUGUGGAGAUUGGCUACAAUGAGGGAUGGGAACCAGCCAAUGAAUCAAUUCCGAUAGACUACGACUCGUCUGCCUUCCUGGGUGUGUGGAAGUACAGAGGCUGGUUGGAGUUAGAUUCCUACCCAACCAUCGGGGAUAUCACCAGUUACUUCGGCGGAGGGUUCACCGUGCAGUUUGGCGUCAACAUUGAGGAGGACAUGGUCAUGAUCGAUUACCUGAUAGACCAGAAGUGGGUGGACCAGCAGACGAGGGCGGUGUUCUUUGAGUUCGUCGUGUACAACCCGACGUCCAAUACGCACAUUAUCUCGCACUGUAUGGUUGAAUUUCCCCCUACAGGAGGUGCUUUUCCGUUUCCUAAAUUUCAAACGAUGACACUGGACCACUACUAUGGCACAUUUGCUUAUUUUGUGAUGGCAGCUGAAGUCAUCUUCUCUGUGCUUCUGCUCUUCUACGUCGGUAGGGAGGCUGCUCUGAUCAAGAAGCAAAAGAAGGCCUACUUCAAAGAUCCUUGGAAUGUCUAUGGGGUGAUCAACCAUGGGCUGGCUAUCGGAGCUAUUGUCAGCUACUUGUAUCGACUCUUACAGGCCAAUGAGCUAACAGAGGAGAUCAACGCUGCGCCUAAUGAAUUCCAUAACUUUCAGUUCUUGGCGUACUGGGAUUAUAUCUACCUGACCAUGGUUGGGCUUUGUUUGUUCAUGGCGAUCAUCAAGUUCACUCGACUGCUGAGGUUUAAUCAGAAGAUGCUGAUGCUAACGGACACUGUCAACAAAUUUGCGUAUGAGUUAUCGUUGUUCAUGAUCAUGUUUGGUGUGGUGUACAUGGGAUACGCUAGUUUCUGCUUCUUAGUAUUCUUCCAGUUACGUGACUACAGCACGGUCCUGCGCACUUUGCUGUCCCUCUUCGGCACCCUCCUUGGCAAAUUUGAGUUUGAGGAUCUGUUAGAAGUGGAUCGGUACAUGGGUCCGCUCUUCUUCUUCAGUUACGUCGUGAUUGUCAUGUGGACUCUGACGAACAUGCUACUGGCCAUCAUCUGUGAAGCCUUCGCUAAGGUCCAAGAGGAGACUGCCCAGCGCAAGAAUGAGCUUGAGAUUGUAGACUUUAUGGUGAACCGCUUCAAGAAAUGGAGCGGAAUGUCAGAGAAGAGAAUCAAACAAACUGGCAAGGUCCACACUUACAUUGAAGGUAUUGAUCCAAUACAAGCAGAGUGUGAUGACCUUAAAUUCAAACUGGACGAUAUGAUCGGCCGACUCAAUGAUUUCGUCAAGGUGGUCAAGAAAGAGGACAAGGAGUUGUUUGGAGGAGAGACUGAGGAUGACGACAAACCCAGAGUCAUCUACCUGGGAUAAGAAAUCAGUUUUUUUAAGAGAAAUUACAAAUAGAACUAGAGCAGUGUCAAAUAAUAAUAAUAAUAAUAAUAAUAAUAAUAAUAAUAAUAAUAAUAAUAAUAAACAAGCAUUUCUAUAGCGCCCCACGAAGAACGGAGCGCUUUACAAAGAAGAGGAACAAAGAAAGGGCCUCUGUACAUAAUAUAUGUUGUAAAGAACUGUCAGUCACAACAAAGUCACUCAGUUCAGAGGUGAACUUCAUACAGCUACUGAAACACAUACAUUUGCUUAGAAC